UUGGGAUCAAUUUUUAUUGCUGCAGAUACUGCAGCUGGCUAGUUUAGCUCAGUUAUGCUGAUUUAAGGACAAGCUAAAGGAAACUAAAGCUAAAGGAAGUGCCAACAACUGCGAGAGGAGACUAAUUCACUCACAAAGCUCACAAUCAAAACAUUUCUCAAGACGCCGAUUUCUUCUCUGUUUUUGUGGCACUGACACUCUGAGACCAUGCAGCUGAAUCUUCUCAUCCUGGCUCUUUGCCUUCUUGGCACAGUAUCACUGGGUGAAGCACAGGAAAACAACACAACCUACACAAAUACUACUAAUUCACCCGAAAUCAGUCAAACCCCCGGAGCUGGCUCACCCACUACUACUGGAGCUGGCUCACCCACUACUACUGGAGCUGGCUCACCCACCACUACUGGAGCUGGCUCACCCACUACUGGAGGUGGCUCACCCACCACUACUGGAGCUGGCUCACCCACUACUACUGGAGCUGGCUCACCCACCACUACUGGAACGGACUCAUCCACAACCCCUUCACCCACUAUCACUGGGCCUGUGGAAGAAAGUUCAUCUGGCGAGCUGUCAUCUGGCGCUAUAGCCGGUAUUGCUAUUGGCUCCAUCGCUGGAGUGGCUGCUGUUGGUGGUGGUAUCUUUGGCGCAUUGAAGUACACUGGGAGGAUCUGAGAAUUAUUGCCAAACAAAAAUGGUUAUGGAUUGUAAGAUAAAGUAUUUACCAUCCUCAAAUCCAACAGUUAAUUCAUGACCUGUUUAACUGGACAAAGAAAAAAAAUGGUAUUGUCUGAAAGGCUCAUAUAAGAAAAAAA